AUGGGCCUCUCACAUUCGUCCGAGGAGGAGUGGGACCGCGAAAGCAGGACUGACUUAUGGUGGACGCACAUCCAGGAGGUGGCCAUGAACAAGUACGACUUCACCUGGGAGCAGAUGAAGCAGCUGCAACAGAGGUUCCGCUUGCUGAGCGGGGACCAGCCCACCCUCCAGCCAGAGAGCUUCGACAACGUCCUGGACUUGGAGUUCAACCCGAUCCGCUCCAGGAUCGUCCGCGCCUUCUUCGACAACCGGAACCUGGGCAAAGGGACCAGCGGCCAGGCCGAGGAGAUCACCUUCCUGGAUUUCCUGACCAUCAUCUCCUACUUCCGCCCGCUGCAGCAGCCGCGUCUCAAGAAGGAGGAGAGGGAGAAGAACCGCAAAGAGAAGUUGCGUUUCCUCUUCAACAUGUACGACCAGGACGGCGAUGGGAUCAUCACCCUGCAAGAGUACCGCCGGGUGGUAGAGGACCUGCUGUCGGCGAACCCGAAGGUGGCGAGGGACAGUGUGCGCCCGAUCGCCAACGCCAUCGCGCGGGGCGCCUUGAAGGAGGCGUCCAGGGCGUCGGAGCAGCCCGUGAAGGCGGACCAGCCCUACGAGGGCAUCACCUUAGAGGACUUCAUCAAGACCUGGCAGAGUCUCGAAUUGGAGGUCAAGAUGCAAGUCAGCUUUCUGAACUUAUAAGCCAGGGCCUGGGCUGCCGCACCCCCACUGGAGAAGCUGCCCCUCGAAUCCCGCAGACUCCCGCAGCAGCUACGGGGUAUGUGGGACUCGAUAGG